CUCCCUUCCCACCCGACCCCCAACCCCCAUCCCCAGUUGGAGCCGCCGCCCGAGAGAGGCCGGGCCGCUGUCUUGGGAGGAGUCGCGUCGCCACCUCCGCCAUGGAGCUGAUCACCAUCCUCGAGAAGACCGUGUCUCCGGAUCGGUUGGAGCUGGAAGCGGCGCAGAAGUUCCUGGAGCGCGCGGCCGUGGAGAACCUGCCCACUUUUCUUGUGGAACUGUCCAGAGUGCUGGCAAAUCCAGGAAACAGUCAGGUUGCCAGAGUUGCAGCUGGUCUACAAAUCAAGAACUCUUUGACAUCGAAAGAUCCAGAUAUCAAGGCACAGUAUCAGCAGAGGUGGCUUGCCAUCGAUGCUAAUGCUCGACGGGAAGUCAAGAACUAUGUUUUACAGACCUUGGGCACAGAAACUUACCGGCCCAGCUCUGCCUCGCAGUGUGUGGCUGGCAUCGCUUGUGCAGAGAUCCCAGUAAACCAGUGGCCAGAGCUCAUUCCUCAGCUGGUCGCCAAUGUCACAAACCCCAACAGCACAGAGCACAUGAAAGAGUCAACAUUGGAAGCUAUCGGUUACAUUUGCCAAGAUAUAGACCCAGAGCAGCUACAGGAUAAAUCCAAUGAGAUUCUGACUGCCAUAAUCCAGGGGAUGAGGAAAGAAGAGCCGAGCAAUAAUGUGAAGCUAGCUGCUACAAAUGCACUCCUGAACUCGCUGGAGUUCACCAAAGCCAACUUUGACAAAGAGUCCGAAAGGCACUUUAUUAUGCAGGUGGUCUGUGAAGCCACCCAGUGUCCAGAUACAAGGGUACGAGUGGCUGCUUUACAGAAUCUGGUCAAGAUAAUGUCCUUGUAUUAUCAGUACAUGGAGACCUACAUGGGUCCUGCUCUUUUUGCAAUCACAAUUGAAGCAAUGAAAAGCGACAUAGAUGAGGUGGCCCUGCAAGGGAUAGAAUUCUGGUCCAAUGUCUGUGAUGAGGAAAUGGAUUUGGCCAUCGAGGCUUCCGAGGCAUCAGAACAAGGACGGCCCCCCGAGCACACCAGCAAGUUUUAUGCCAAGGGAGCACUACAGUACCUGGUCCCCAUCCUCACACAGACACUAACUAAGCAGGAUGAAAAUGACGACGACGAUGACUGGAACCCCUGCAAGGCAGCCGGGGUGUGCCUCAUGCUCCUGUCCACCUGCUGUGAGGACGACAUCGUGCCGCACGUUCUCCCCUUCAUCAAGGAGCACAUCAAGAACCCGGACUGGCGGUACCGGGAUGCCGCGGUGAUGGCUUUCGGCAGCAUCUUGGAAGGCCCGGAGCCCAGUCAGCUCAAACCACUGGUUAUACAGGCUAUGCCCACCCUAAUAGAAUUAAUGAAAGACCCCAGUGUGGUCGUUCGAGACACAACUGCGUGGACGGUGGGCAGAAUUUGUGAGCUGCUCCCUGAAGCCGCCAUCAACGACGUCUACUUGGCACCCCUGCUGCAGUGUCUGAUCGAAGGCCUCAGUGCCGAGCCCCGAGUGGCUUCCAAUGUGUGCUGGGCUUUCUCCAGUUUGGCUGAAGCUGCUUACGAAGCUGCCGAUGUAGCUGACGAUCAAGAAGAACCAGCCACCUAUUGCUUAUCAUCUUCGUUUGAACUCAUAGUUCAGAAGCUCCUGGAGACCACAGACAGGCCCGAUGGACACCAGAACAACCUGAGGAGUUCUGCGUAUGAAUCACUAAUGGAAAUUGUGAAGAACAGUGCCAAGGAUUGCUACCCUGCAGUCCAGAAAACGACUUUGGUCAUCAUGGAGCGACUGCAGCAGGUGCUUCAGAUGGAGUCACAUAUCCAAAGCACUUCGGACAGAAUUCAGUUUAACGACCUUCAGUCCCUGCUCUGCGCGACACUCCAGAAUGUUCUGCGGAAGGUGCAGCACCAGGACGCUCUGCAGAUUUCCGACGUGGUCAUGGCCUCCCUCCUGAGGAUGUUCCAGAGCACAGCUGGCUCCGGGGGCGUGCAGGAGGAUGCACUGAUGGCUGUCAGCACGCUGGUGGAAGUGUUGGGCGGUGAAUUCCUUAAGUAUAUGGAUGCCUUUAAACCCUUCCUGGGCAUCGGAUUGAAAAAUUAUGCUGAGUACCAGGUUUGCCUGGCAGCCGUGGGCUUGGUGGGAGACCUGUGCCGCGCCCUCCAGUCCAACAUCUUACCUUUCUGUGACGAGGUGAUGCAGCUGCUGCUGGAGAACUUGGGGAAUGAGAAUGUCCACAGGUCUGUGAAGCCACAGAUUCUGUCAGUGUUUGGUGAUAUUGCCCUUGCGAUUGGUGGAGAGUUUAAAAAAUACCUAGAGGUUGUAUUGAACACUCUGCAGCAGGCCUCCCAAGCCCAGGUGGACAAGUCAGACUAUGACAUGGUGGAUUAUCUCAAUGAGCUCAGAGAAGGCUGCUUGGAAGCCUACACCGGCAUCGUCCAGGGAUUGAAGGGAGACCAGGAGAACGUACACCCGGAUGUGAUGCUGGUGCAGCCCAGAGUAGAGUUUAUUCUGUCUUUCAUUGACCACAUUGCUGGAGAUGAGGAUCACACAGACGGUGUCGUAGCCUGUGCCGCUGGCCUCAUAGGGGAUUUAUGUACAGCAUUCGGGAAGGAUGUACUGAAAUUAGUAGAAGCUCGGCCAAUGAUCCAUGAACUGUUAACUGAAGGGCGGAGAUCGAAGACGAACAAAGCAAAAACCCUUGCAACAUGGGCAACUAAAGAACUGAGGAAACUGAAGAACCAAGCUUGAUCUGUUACCAUUGGGACGAUAACCUGAGACCCCCACUGGAAAUCUCCAAUCUUUUGAAAAACCCGGAAGUGAGGAGUGUGCACGGAUGCUGAGUGUUUGGGAGUGAGAGAAUGAGUGAGUGAGGCUUGAAAACACACCAUAUUGAAAAUCCUGCCACAGCAGCCACCAGCAGCGCUGUUAGUGAGCUAAGUAAGCACUGACUUCUAGGAAACCCCGACGUCAGCCGUCUUGGAGGAGAAGAGUGGAACGGAGCAGAGCGAUGGAUUUGCUGGCUUGUUAAAGCUGUCUCUUCCCAGGGGAGGCUAGGACUAGCUUUUCUGUCUUGUGGCCAGUGCCGAGCGGAGGACUGGUUUGGGAGAAGAGGAGGGGCUGGGCUCAGCUGUGGUGCUGUGUCGCGAAAGGCAGCCUGGUGAGGAGAGAGACAGGCCUGGGUCGCAAGCCCACCUUCACUGUCCCUUUGCCACGGGGUACUGUCUGUGUCGAGUGCCUGGUGGGAGGAGGAGGGCAAGGGGCUUUACGGUCUGAGAAUGAGUGUGAGUGAGUGCGGCGGUAUCCACAUUCUCAACUUCAAGUCAUUGCAGUUUCCUUUUCCCAGAAAACAAGGGUUAGAUGUUGCAUUUCAAAAACUAACCGAAGUUCUGUCUACUGGUGCAGCACAAGAGAUGUUUAAAAAAAAAAAAAAGAGGAAAGACGCUUUUUAGGUUUUGGCUUGGGUUUUUUUUUUUGUUUUUCGUUUUUUUAAUUAUUCUAGGGAAAACACUGACGAACGGUCAGAGCUCCUACCCUGAUCUCCCUCGGGCGCUUUCCUGAUGAUAAUGGUUCAACUGUGAAUGUAGAGGGGGGAGGGGGGAGAAAGAGAACCCGGAGUUAGAGACUAUAGAAAAGUAAAAAUGCAGACUUCAAAGACAAAGAAGCCACAGUCCUAACCAAAUUUUAAAUGGUCAAAAUUGGCAGGACAAAAGCAGAGCUCUCUCCUGUUUUGUAUCGUGGCAGUCUGAACGCCCCCAAAAAAAUUGUGCCAAAGACUUUAGAAAACAAAUAUACAAUAAAAGCAAAUAGACACACACAAAACAGCCAACUUCAGGUAACUAUUUUGGAUUGCAAAUGAGGAUAAAUUUAAUGUUCAAACAAUCUGAUAAAAUAACCAUUUGGAAACUGCUUGGCCUUCUGUUCUCUUUUAUUGAUUGACUACAAUGCGGUAUUGGUCUAUUGCUGCACUUUCAAAACCAACUAACCUUCAACAAAACACAAAGCAAAGCAAGGAAUGUGUGUGUCUAUGCACGCACUGACUAGAGCUCUUGACAAAAUGGCACUUGCAAGGAUUCUAGUUUUCCACUGAAGUUGAAGAGUAAUAAAACAGUGUCAAACAUUCCCCUACUCACACACUUUAGUAUUUUUAAGAAGUGUGAUGUGCUGUGAUGAUCAUAAAUCAGAAUAUUUUCCCUUUACAAGGGGAACAGGGCACCCUGAGUCUUAGAAUCUCAGCAAUAAGGAAUGUCUGAGCUUUGUCCCCAUUGGGCUCUGCAGAUACUAGGAGUUUUUUGCUGGCAUUUUGAAUAUGCUGCUUUAAAAAACACCAAGGAAGUUUAAAAAUUGCUUCCUGGUAAUUGGAGGAUUAAAAAACAAAACCUCAUGCCCACUUUCAUUUCCAUUCUAGCUAGAAAUAUGGGCUUGUGCUUUUCGCCACCCCUUGCUUUGUGUCUUCCCCUCCCCAUCCAAGCCUUCCACUCAUGAGUGGGAUUGGCUUGGUUUUGCUCAUCCACACGGCAGCAUCUCUAAUAGCUCUUGUACAGGGUAUCAGAUAUUGUGCCUUUUGGUGCCAGGUUCAAAGUCAAGUGCCGAUCUGUGAACCAGUGUACAAAAAAAAAAAACAAAAAUCCAGGUGUUUGAAGGAGAGCCGCUCCAUUGUGACCAGGAACACCAGCUCCUAAGCCCUACUGAAGAGGCCUGGUCCUCUAAUGAUAGACUCGCCAUUCCUGAGAGCAGAUAGGGUUGGGUCAGGGCUUAGGGAGGGGGCAGGAAUGUUGGGGAAAGAAAAAUAAUCUGAUCAUUCCUCAGUGCUACCCAUUUCUGUCCUGUGUGGGCUGCUUAGCGAGACAGCAGCAGGAGAAUAAAGAACACCGAGAACCAUAUGAAAACAAAACCUCGCGUGUGUUUUGUGGUGUUUUGUUCCAGGGAGCAGUUGAUGAGUGCUGUUGUUAAUGCUUUCUCCCUGCUGGAGAGGAGAUGGGCUGGUUGGAUUGUGGUCUUGGUGCCUUGUAGACAUCCGCACUGGUUGCGUGUUUAGUCCUCUUUCCUUGCUCCCUCCGGCUGGCGGGUUCGCCGCAGUCCGGGUGUUUGUCCUUAAUCUGCGACACCCACGAGGCGACUGGAUGCACAUCCUGUCUGCAGCUGGGCCCUCUACCCAGUCUCGGCACAUUCCUUCAAGAAUGUCCCUACCGUCUGCUUGGGAAGAUGUCGGUGCAAAUGUGAAGAUAAUGGGCAUCGGACUAGACUUUGGUUUGCCACGAGUGGCAGCUGCCUAUACAGUUACACUUAUUAAUUUUGCUCUUCAUUCUCCCGGUGCCCCUCAGCCCCUCUCUGUUGAAAUGUUGGUAUUUUUGCUGUCAGAGGCGACUAAUAUUGCCCUAAGGACUUGUGGAAAAAGGGAGGGGAAUUUGCUCAGUGUAGUGUUUUAACUUUGAAAACCAAGCAGUCUAUUUACUCUUGCUAUCUAAGAAGCGCGUUGGUCCAACUUUAAGAGAAAUCCAAACUCCAUCAGCUUUUGGUAGUGUCUUGGUUUUGGAAACACCUUCCAUCUGUAAUUGGCAUUCAGAAUGCCUUUGGCAUGCCAGUCUGUGAUGGCAUUAAAGACCUGUUAAAACACUUGAGCCCGACUUUAUUAACCAAAACUGAUACCACCACCUUUAUCUUCUAAAUAAAGUCCACUUUAUUUUUA